CGAGCUCCCCUCCCAUUCCUCGAUAGCCGCCCAGCUAUCGCACACAGGCACGCCCGCCAGCCGUCCUCGCAAUGUCGCCGCGACGCUCAUCGCGGGCUCGUACCACCCAGCCCCCACCCAGCGUCGCAACCCACAGCAACUCGUCAUCCUCCGUCUCAUCAGCGCGUACCGAUCGUGCGUCACGAACAAGCGCCAAACAGACCUCACCACCCAAGUCGUCGACCCCGCACUCGCUUUCCUCGGAGGAGCCCGAAGAGGCGCCUCACGAUGCACAGCCCGAGCCGCCCUUGACACGCCGCCGAACACGCGAACACGACAAUGACGAAGACGAGUCGGCCAAGCUCGACGACGAGCUCGACGACGACAUCGCCGAAGAAGACGAAGUCACCCGAUGCGUGUGCGGCUACCAAGAGUACCCGGGCCUGCCCUCGGACUCGAUCAAGCCCGGCAUGUCGCUGGCCGAUCUGGAGGCUCAAGCUGACGAGCUCGGCGGCCUCUUCAUCCAAUGCGACGUCUGCAAGGUUUGGCAGCACGGUGGAUGCGUCGGCAUCAUGGACGAAGCCGCCAGCCCAGACGAGUAUUUCUGUGAAGAGUGCAGAAAGGACCUUCACAAAGUGACGACCAGUUCCAAAGGUCAAAAGUAUUCUCGCUACCUCCCCGUCUACGACCAGCAGCAUGGCAAGCAUCGUAAAUCGUCCGUCUCCAAGGAGUCUGAAGGAAACUCGGCCAAGGACAAAGACCGCAACAACAGGGCCAGCGUAGACUCUUUCGGAAAGCGUAGAUCGACCAUGAACAGCCGAGCUGCGUAUGACGAAGAUGAAGUACUGCGGAAGGUGCUUGAAGAAAGCAAGCACGAGGGCGGUACAACUUCAGAGAACGGCAACAGAAAGAAGCGAAGCCGCGAUGACAGUGAAGAGACAAAGCCAGAAAUCAAACGACAGCGCACAGGUUCGCGGUCUCCCAGCAAUUCACCAGUAUUAGAGUCGGAAGACGACAGCACCAAGGCCUCGGCACCAAAGCAGAAGCCUCGCGGUGCUGCCGCAAAGAGUCAGCGGGAAAAGGAGCAGCGCGACAAAGAGCGCGAAACCCAACGUAACGAAGCCGCAAAUAGGCGAAAAGGCCGUGCGGAACGGAGAAAGGGAGAUGAUCCCGAAGAUCCAGAACCCACACCCACACCCGCCGCAGAAGAACCCCCUAUGCCUCCACAAGCUCCUGAACCCGCAGUGCCCGAACCACCAGCCGUAGAACCCAAGCCCAUGCCUGUACCACGAAGAGGCGGACGUCCCCCCCAAAAGUCUCGUGGUCGACUUGGACGAAACCAAUAUUCGAGAGACACGGCCCCCGCAACCAACGGCACUUCACCCAAGAAUGAUACCGCACAGUCGCCACAAACGAGUGCCACAAACGGCAUGAGCAACGGCCACGAUAGCAGCGAUGGGGCAGCUGGACAGAAACCGACCAAGACGAAGAACUGGCGACUACAAAAACUGUCUUGGAACGACAUACGAAGGCCAGCAGGGGCCAUGCAGAGCUAUAUAGCGCAGCGACAAGUCGAGAUGGCUACUGCAGAAAAACACAUGAGUGUUGCCCCAGCUGUGCAGCCGGCCAUUGACGCGACCAACGGAGAUGCGCUUCCACCUGCAGCGAAAGACGAAGAUGCCGAUUUGGCCAAGUUCAAGGAUCUGAGCACGACGCAGAUGAUGGACUUUUUGAGCCGAGAUCUUGUGCAUUGGCAGCAGAUGAUAUCGGAGCCAAUGGACAAGUCACCGAGACCAUGACUGUCAGUAUUCGUCCAUGUGUGGCCUACCCUGUAAAUUCGGCGUAUUGGGACAUUUGUGCACGACCUCAAAACGGCGUUUUCUGUUUGAUUGUUUGCUCGCGACACGGAUACCCUCCACUUGGUUUGCUUGACGCUCUGGGCCCUCUCUAGAGCAUCGGCCUUUUUUUUCUUAUUUUGAUUGAUCCACAUUGCCCUAUUCGUUAUAACAGGGCAUGCAUUUCUUAUGUAGUGUAUGUAUGCAGGGGGGGGGGAGGUAAACGAACAUUCGCAUCCAACAGCCAAGGUCAUGUUGAUGCUGGGAAUGGCAAACGGGGUUCUUUGAUGGUACGUAGACUAAAGUUAGUUCCGC